UCUGCAGCUGUCAGAGAGUGUCCUAAGCAAAAGAGCAGAGAACGACACAUCCUGUCGGAAGAAACCACCCUGAGCUACAGGAUUUCAGCUGACGAGAAAAGCCUGGAGGCACCCAAGGCGGAAUGGUCAGCUCAGAUUCUCUAGUUGUAUGUGAUGUGGACCCAGACCUGAAGGAGAAACUGAAGAAGUUCCGGUUCCGGAAGGAGACCAACAACGCAGCUAUAAUGAUGAAGGUUGACAAAGACAGACAACUGGUGGUGCUGGAGGAAGAAUUUCAGGACAUCUCUCCGGAGGAGCUGAGAAGUGAGCUACCAGAACGCCAGCCCCGAUAUCCUAUCUACAGCUAUAAAUACGUGCAUGAUGACGGGCGCAUCUCUUACCCACUCUGCUUCAUCUUCUCCAGCCCAGUCGGGUGCAAGCCAGAGCAGCAGAUGAUGUAUGCUGGGAGCAAAAACAGGCUGGUGCAGGCUGCGGAGCUCACCAAGGUCUUUGAGAUCCGAACCACAGAGGAUCUGACAGAGCAAUGGCUGAAAGAGCGCCUGGCCUUUUUCCGCUAAUAGAUGGGAUAAUUCCAGAGGUGCUGGCUGGCCCUUCACUUAAGUCCCCAUCCACAGCAAGUCCUGCAAUCUCAUCCCCUUCCUCACUCUAGAGAUACCAUCACGCGGUGGGUGUACAUGGAAGACAGGGAAAUGUAAUACUGUUAUAGCUUCAUCCCACGUACCUGUUUCUCUCGAAUUAUCCCUACAGUGCUAAGUUGUCACCGUUGUUAUUGUUGUGCUACCGGGCGCAAAAUCCUUUGCAUACCAGGAAGUGGGUUUAAGAGGGGAAAUGUAAAAAAAAAAUCAUAAAAAAUCAACGGAUGACCCAAUCUGAUUCAAAUUUGGUAUGCUUAAAGCUCUCCUUAAUAUCUACUACUGUGCUAAUUUUGAUGUCUUUAUCUUUAAAGCGUACUCAGAUGCAAGCAUUUGUUUAAUUUUUCUUCAAAUCCUGCUCCUGCACCCCAGUGGCUGCUUGGAUGAUACGCUUGAAAACUAGUAUCAAAAUACGGCAAGUCUUUUGCUUUUAUAGCACAAUUAAAGCAGGAUGCAUGGGAGUACUUCACAAUAAAAGCAGAUUAUAAACUGGAAA